UACGGCUCCCGGCGUGCCCCGUGCCCGGACCACAACUCCCGGCGUGCUUCCCGCGGCGCUCGGACGGCGGCCGGGGCGGGCCAUGGGGCGCGCAGACAUGGCGCGUGUCCCGCACGUCGUGGCCGACACGGGCGCGUUCCUGAGCGCGGCCCCGCUGCAGGACAUCGCAGAGGCGCUGUACACCGUGCCCGAGGUGCUGGCCGAGAUCCGCGACCGGCCCGCCCGCCGCCGCCUGGCCGCGCUGCCCUGCGAGCUGCGGCUCCGCCGCCCGCGCCCCCAGCGAUCCGACGAGUUCGGAUCCUUCCUGUACUGGCGGCCGCCCCUGCCCAGCAUCGAGGAGGAGCUGCGGGAGCUGCUGGCCAUCACCGGCAGCCCCGAGCCCCCCGAGGAGCACCAGAGCUCUGCAGACGGGGCCAGCGCCGGCGAGGAGGAGGAGGAGGAGGAGGAGAGCGAUCCAUGAGGCUGGAUAACUCCCAGCAACCUGAAGCAGGCCCAGCAGGACACGGGGCACUGUGACACUGCUCCCGAGGGUGUCCAGGUGGGCUGUGUCACCACGGACUUUGCCAUGCAGAACGUGCUGCUGCAGAUGGGCCUGCACGUGCUGGCCGUGAACGGGAUGCUGAUCCGCCGCGCCCGCAGCUACAUCCUGCGCUGCCACGGCUGCUUCAGGACCACCUCGGACAUGACCAAGGUGUUCUGCCCCCACUGCGGGAACAAGACCCUCAAGAAGGUGGCAGUGAGUGUCAGUGAUGACGGCAGCCUGCACAUGCAUUUCUCCCGCAACCCCAAGGUGCUGAACCCCCGGGGGCUCAGGUUCCCGCUGCCGGCGCCGCAGGGCGGGAAGCACGCCAACAACCCGCACCUGGUGGAGGACCAGCGCUUCCCGCAGCAGCGCCUGUCCCGCAAGGCCAGGCAGAAAACCAACGUCUUCGACCCCGACUACCUGGCCGGGGCCUCUCCCUUCGCCGAGAACGACGUGCACAGCCGGGCCGCGCACCUGGCGCUGCGCGACGCCGCGCUGGGCGCCGGCCGCCGCCGCCUCAACCCCAACGCCGUGGGCAAGAAGUUCGUGAGGAGGAGGUGAGGGCAGGGCAGCCCCGCUGGCGGGAGCCGCCGGCCCGGCUGCGGCCUGGCUCUGCCAGGGAGAGGCCUCUCCCAGCUCCUGGGCACGGGUCAGGCCACGCUGUCCCCGCUGCGCCGGGGCACAGAGAGCUGCCGUGGCCGGGGUGAUGGUGGCAGGGUCUGGGGAGGCACAGGGAGGGUGGGGUGGUGUCCCUGGGCACGCCUGGGCAGGGGCUGUGUCACCCAAUAAACUCCAAACCCCAAG